UUAACCACGACACACUACGUGUAGUGGAUUGCAUUGCUCUUUAUAAAAGUGAAAAUGGCUAAAUUGGAAUUCUUUUCAAUCCAUUUGAGUCUUUCUUUGUUAUUUUCGGUUUGGCAGACCAGCGCUGCUCUCAGUCUGGAAGACCAAGUGAAACGACUAACUGAAAAUUAUGUAAGGUUAAAUGAAGUUGUGGCGACAAAGAAUGUUCAACUAGAAACCAAAGUUAUGGCACUGGAGACCAAAGUUGCGGCACUGGAGGCCAAAAACGUUCCACUGGAAACCAAAGUUCAGCAUCACGAUAUUUUAGUGGAGAAAUUGGCUCGGCUAGAAAUCGCUCUGCAACGUCAAACAACAAGUCAAUUAUCCGUUAAAAAUUCUAUGCCCAGAACUUGUAAAGAGGCUCGUGCAGCAGAUCCAUCGCUGAGCUCCGGCAUGUACUGGAUCGAUCCUGACAGCCAAAGUGUUGGGGAUGACCCGAUUUACGUCUACUGCGACAUGGCGAAAGGGUCGACUGCUAUUCCGCACGACAGUGAAUCGGCCAUGGAUGUUGGACAUUGCGCUGAUCCUGGAUGUUAUUCCAGGGCGAUCAAUUACAACGCCAGUAGUCGACAAAUUUCAGCGCUGGUUGAACUCUCCGCCGAAUGCUACCAGUCAAUUAAAUACGAUUGCAAUUUUGCACCGCUGGAACUCAAUACCAUCACAUACGCCUGGUGGAAUGACAGAAAUGGAAACGCCAAAACUUUUUGGGCCGGUGACAACACGGACGUUCAUCUUUGCCAGUGCGGAUUGGAUGGAAAUUGCGUCGAUCCUUUCACCAAAUGCAACUGCGACUCCGCCGCUCCAGUGCCAUUAACCGAUGACGGAGUCAUCACUGAUAAGCAAGUUCUGCCCGUCACGAGACUCAAUUAUGGCCGAACUCAACUGGAAACUUCGUCCGGGAUUCAUCAUCUAGGACGUAUCGAAUGUACCGGCCAAGUGGCCAUCACUGGAAUGCCAACGUCGUGCGAAGACCUCUGGCGGAUGGGACACACUUUGAGCGGAUUAUAUUCCGUCGUGGGAGCUAAAACGGUGGAAAGGGUCUACUGUGAUUUCACCAAGUUACCAAAUGACGCGGGUUUCCUGCGCUGGAUCGGGUUUGAAGAUGUCAAAUCAUCACCAACUUAUUUCUACGUCAAGAAAGACGCACCCUUUAGUCAAUUGAAUGUUCCAGUUCCAUUCGAGAUUGUGGAAUUGAAUGUAGGAGGAGCCAUGAACGAAACGACCUGGAUUUUCACGGCACCUCGCCCGGGCCAAUAUUUUUUCUCUGCAUCUGGAAUUGCAUUUCUUCCAUCUUCUACAUCUAGGGUUUACUUAUUUAUGCGACUGAUGAAGAAUGGUAAUCCCAUGUCGAAUGGUUAUGCUGAUGAGGCAAAUACCUCUGGUGAAUACGAAACAUUUUCUUUGCAAUCAACUCUAAGUUUGCAAGCGGGGGAUCAAAUAUGGUUAGAGAUUGCAGAUAUUUCCCCGGGGGUAACACUUCAUAACUCACUUAAUGGUUACACUAACUUUAAUGGAUAUCUCAUUGAAGAAGAUAUUUCCCAGUCACUGGCCACAUUUGUUUGAUUUUUAAUUAAUUCCAAUUAGUUUCAAGAAGUUUGGUGUUUGUGGUUGUACGGUGUAGUCCCGGAGUUAUUGGUCUUUUGGUUCUGCGGAAUGUGCAAAUCUUUAAUGCGUGUCGACGUCUAAAUAAAUAUUUGCAAAUUUAA